AUGCCGCUCUCGUCGCUCAUACAGAAGCAACUCUACAGCGCUCAACAUCUUAUUCUGCAGAAGCUGAAAGCUUUCUGGGCUAGAAAUCAGCUUGAAGAAGGAAGAAGUGAAUCAGAACAAUCAGAACAUAAGCAUCAGUUCUACUCUCCGGGCAUCAUCAUUCCUUCCAACGCGAAGAUCGAUAAAGAGAUCGACAACAGGCUAGCAAAGACUACCAUUAAUGGUCCAUUCUGGCGUCAAAUUGAGAAACAUGGAGACACAUCAUCCAUAACGCUGUUGCCUCCUUUGAGAACGCAGGCAGAAUCAGCCUCGAAGGCAAAAGACAACGUAUGCAAAACCGUAUCUCGUUAA